AUGGGCUUCCUGCAAAUUCUUAAAGAUUUUGCUACUUGGUCGACAGUAUGUGGUGUGCCACACAUUGCAAAUGCACAGACUAUGCGAUGGAGACUAUUUUGGUCUGCGGUCUUUGUGUGUAUGGUCAGCAUGUUUAUCUAUGAGCUAUACUUGAUAAUCACCAAGUUUAUAGCGUUCCCAGUCGAUGUGAGCACGGAGAUUGUUUUUGAAGAACAGCAAUUCCCAGUGGUGACUGUCUGUAAUGCCAAUCCAUACAAGUUAUCUGUAAUCGAAAGCAACAGCAGUUUUGAUAAGGUCGAAACUCUCAUGAACACCUACAGGGAUGCUCUCGCCCAGUCCUUAACGUCAGAUGUGGGCAAAUAUGGACUUUAUGACAAGAUGUCACUUCCCUAUCAACUUGAUCAACGUGCCCGUGAAGCCCUUGCGCUCGAGGUUGCACAGUUGAGUCCAGCGGUACUAAACCGUGCUUUAUACAAUGCUGAUUUUACUCGAUUUGUGGAUCCUAUCUACGGCGCUUGUUAUUCGUUCAACGAAGAUUCCUCCUUAAACUAUUCCACAAAUCGAGCUGGAAUGAAGUUUGGGCUGAAGCUGCUAGUCACCGUCAGCCAAGAAACCACCGAGUUAGUCAACGACUUUCUCCCAACAACAGCUGUGGCAGGUGCAAGAAUAGCAAUACAUCCGAGAGGUGUUCAACCACUGAUGGACAAUCUCGGUAUCAAUGUAGGAGUUGGCUAUCAAACAGCCAUUGCAUUAACUUCGAUUUUGGUAAAAUAUAAAAGAAUGAAAAAGCCUUAUGGAAGAUGUGUCGACAGGGAACCAGAAGCCACCAAUCUCUACAAGACACUUGUUUUGCCGGAUGUCGCCAAAGGGAUACGGUCGCAAAAUGUGGAUGUGCCAAUCCUCGAUAUCGUAAGACAGCGUCGCAAGUGUUUUGUAAACCGACAAAGACUGAUUGACAAAACCUACACAUUAGACACUUGUUUUGCCGGAUGCCGUCAAAGGGAUACGGUCUCAAAAUGCGGAUGUGCCAAUCCUCGCUAUUACAAGACAGCGUCGCAAGUGUUUUGUAGACCAAUAAAGACUGAUUUGGAUUGUCUGGGAAGACUUCGUGGAGACCAGGUAUCAACAACAGCACCAAACAUCUGCCCUCUCACCGAUUGCACAUGCGAUCCGCCCUGCUCAGAAGUCACUUAUUCGACCACAGCCAGCAUUGCCAAAUUCCCAGCUGAAAACUACUAUGUUGCUACAAAUAACGAGAGAGGAGUGAUCUCCGCUGCACUGAAUGACCUCGGUGGUCACGCUGGUCUUUGGCUGGGAUUAUCUGUGAUUUCUGUAGUGGAGGUGUGCGGGCUAAUUAUUCUGCUCGUCAUGUAUUGUGUAACAUGCGGAGGUCUCAAAACCCGUCCUGAUGACGAUGACUUGGCAGCAGAUGAGCGUAUUCAGGUAGUUAAGCUACAAGAAAACCACCUUGUAUUCCUAGAUGUAGAGGAAGUGAAGAAAGAACUGGACAUAGCUGAUGAGAAUGAAAAAGAUCUCGACUUAUCAGAUGAGGAGGACGAGCCAACUCCAAAAAAAGAGGAAAAUGCCAAGGAGAAAUGA